GACAGAGGAGCAAACAUGGACUUCACGAUCUCGCUCGCUCAUUUCUGCGAAAUCCACGGUCCUACCUCUAUCAUCUGCACCCAAGCUUCCACUGCUGCUUGUACAUCGUGCAGUCCCUGUCCCACCCCUCCCUCCGAGGAACCCAAUCCACCUUUCGCCUGCAACGCUCUCUACGAUCAGCCACCCUUGAAGCUGAAUAGCGCUCGACUACCACACCUUACUUCACCCUUCGAAACCCCUCCCAGCAGCCCCAGAUCUCCCACUCACAACCCCUACUUCCCCAGCUUUCCUACCUCCGAUAGCAACUUCGUCUUCCCCCGCUCUGGCAGUAAUUGCGACUCGGAACCAGAUGUAUGCGAGAACUGUCAGAUAGUCAUCCCCAAGAAGACAAGUCAGAAACUGCCAAAUGGCGCUCCUGGCAGUCCCACCAAGGAUGGCCGAGGUCGAAAUGGAAGCCCUGUACUGCGUACCUCGCACAACUACGCAGUGCGAAGGUCUGCUGCAGGUGUUGACAUGAGCAGUUCCGACUCCUCAGACGCCUCGGAUACCGAACAUUCCAAAUCAUUCGAAAGCAACGGCUCUCGCUCCUACCCCAGUUCCAGUCCCGCCUCUCCACUUUUCACUGCCCAGGGCAUGCACACCCACACCCUGAGCUAUGUUUCGACGAGUCAACCACACUCCCCUGCCUCGUAUUCCUUGCUCAGACGUACCUGCAUCCGCACCCUGUCGACAGAAACUCUUCCCAUGGGCAAAGCCUCCGGACCCAUGUUCUUUGGUGAUUCCCACGCUGGAUACACCAUCGCAUAUGUCUUCAGAUUACAAGACCCUCGUUCUCGAGGAGCAAAGCGCACUUACGCGCUCAUUGCCAUGGCCGGCCGCGAUGGGAUGCGAGCCACCAGGGCCAUGGUCAAGAUCACCGAGGUUUUCGAAUCCCUUGCCAACUGGAUAGUAUCCAUGGCCGAGAAGGUUCUCGAAAAGGAGAGUGCCGCCUCCGUGUCACUGCAGCGCCCAGCCACGGCUAACGCGAGCACCCCGCCUCUGGGCACAUCUACAUCAUCAAUGCCCAACUUCCCAUCCCCGCAAAAGGAGCGGUUGUCUUCGUCGACAGCCAGCUCUCCCACCACCCGCAACAUCACCCCGGUAUCCUCGUUCCUUUCUGCAAAGAAGGUUGAUCCGGAUGGCUUUCCACGCGUGUCCCGCGAUGUGAUGAAGGCCAAAAACCUCGUCGAGAUUGUUGGAAUGGAGAACUUCUUCGUCGAGUUGCACCAGAUCUUUUGCAGAUUGCUGCAUUCCCUCAUCAAUCAGUUCGGCCAGUUCGGCUAG